AUGCUCAUUUCUAAUCCUGCAAUUCCAUCUGGCUCCGUCGUUGUAGUCAUUGGGGCUAACGGCUACAUGGGUGUUGAGACGUGCGAAAAGCUCCUCCAAGCAGGCUUCUUCGUCCGAGGAACUGUGAGAGACGUGGAGAAGAACCUACAGUGGAUGCAUAACUUGUUUGAUACCGAGUGGCCAAAAAAGUUUGAGCUGGUUCAGGUGUCUGACUUUGAAGCUGAAGGCGCAUUUGAUGAGGCCUUCAAAGGGGCUAAGGGCGUAAUCUACGUUUCGACACCGAUCAUAUUGAACGCAGACCCUGCGAAGGUGGUAGAGCCUGUGGUCAAAGGGACUACCAAUAGUCUUGAAGCCGCAGCUCGUGCUGGAGUGAAGCGCUACGUUCUCAGUUCCAGCUCCAAAGCAGUUGAAUUUACCAAUUAUAACCAUCCGCACCAUAUAACUUCAGCCAUGUUUAACUACGACGCCAUCAUGAAGGCCUGUUGUGAACCAAAUGUCGAUGGCUUCGAUAGAUUCGUGGACGUCUACAGCGCCAGUCGGGCUUUGGCAGAAUUGGCGUUCUGGUCAUGGGUUGGCACGAACCAGCCUCCCUUUGUUGCAAACUGUGUUGUACCUGAUGGCCAGUUUGGAAGGGCCUUGGAUCCAGGAAACACUACUUCUACCUUCCGCAUGUUGAAAGCAGCGGCUGAAGGUGAAUGGGAUAAGGUCUUUGGCUCAGUUGCAUACUACACUGAUGUUCAGGAUGCUGCACGUCUUUUGGUUGCUGCAGUAGCCCUCCCUUCACUCGCGAACGAGCGGGUAUUUGCGUACUGUCACAAUUCAACGUGGAAUGAGCUACGACGCAAGAUUCGACAAAUCUCGCCAAAGGGGGAGAAGUUGGUGAAGGACGAAGACCAGGCAGUAGAAGGGAGGGACUUGUCCAACGCGGAUGGGCUUAUUAAGCGAGCCGAGGACAUUCUGCGAGAGAUUGGCCAGCAAGGCUUUGCAAGCGAGGAGAAUAUCCUACGCGACUUCUUGGAUUGCCUCUGA